CCCAAGUAGCUCCGUUCUCUGUAAUCCAUUCAUACAUUCAGAGGGUCGGAUAAGAAGCCGACAGUCGCUAAGAUCCAGCGGGAUCGCCUUGCUGAAACUGCGGCGGGUUUGGGCGGAGUGACGGACGCCUAGAAGAAAACUCCUGUUUUUCCAAACUGGCGCCGAGUUUUCAGUUUCGUUUCAGGACCCGAGAGCAGAGGUUGGCAUUUCACUGGGCUGCUGCUGCUGCAGGCCCCGGCCGUCGUUUAGAAAGGGGGUAUAGAAGAGGAGAUGGCGAUGUACUGAGAGAGCGUUUUGGAGGACUAAACUACAAAGAAAAGGCAAGAGUAGGAAUAAGGAAAGAAGGAGAUCGGGUGAAAAAAAAUUAAAAGGUGCUGUCAUGUCUUCUGUUAUUCCACGUCUGGACAAGCAGACGGAGAAGAAGCUCCUAUCCCUAUUUGAGGAGCACACUAAGUUCAGCCUGCUCUACAAGGGCAGCCUGCAUGGCUUCAGUGUGUCUGAAAUAGGCAGGAAGAGCAUCAAUCAGGGCUACAUCAUGAUAGUGGGCUAUUUGGAGGAUGACGUCAUAAUGGGGGGCUGCACAAGUCAGUGGCUCAGAGAUCGGAACACAACAUUCCAGGAUGAAAAGGCCUUUUACUUCUCCAUUGAGAAGUCUAAAGUCACUAAAGACCCCGUGGAGUCUUUCACAACUGAAUACGACGCAAUCAACUUUGAGAAUGGCCUGAAGUUCCAUCGGUCCAAAAAAAGCAGUUCAAAACUAUUUGUCACUAGAUUAGACUCGUUUGAGGAAGAAGAAAAAGUCCUGCAAGAGCUGGAGGUGUACCGGGUGGAAGAUCUCGGUGACCUGCUGGACUCGCCCUGGCGAGAGCUGUGUUGGAACGAAGAAAUGAGGGACCAACUGAAAAACUCCAUCAUCAACUACAAGCCUCCCCUUAACUUGGUCUCCAAGACAAAGGUCCUGCUUGUUGGCCCUGUGGGUGCAGGCAAGUCGAGUUUCAUCAGCUCGGUGGGCUCUGUUUUCCAUGGCUGGGUUGCCCUCCGUGCAAUGGUGGGCACGGCGGCGCAGAGUUUUACAAACAUGUUUAGAUCAUACAACACCAAAUCCUCGCAAGGUGGAGAGCAGUCCCCGCUGGUUCUGUGCGACAUCAUGGGAUUGGGAGAAGAAGACCUACCAGGGGUGAAGGUGAACGAUGUGCUGCAGGCGGUGAAGGGGCACGUGCCUGAGGGGUACAAGUUUGACUCCUCUCAAGCCAUUUCCAGUGACACCAGUGGGUAUGUCAGUAGCCCGAGCAUAACAAACAAAAUCACCUGUGUGGCUUUUGUGAUCGAUGCCAGAAAAGUGCAAACCUAUCCUGAUGACAUCCAGGAAGGGCUGAAGGAGCUGCGGCUGAAGAUCAGAGACCUUGGGGUACCACAGGUGGCUCUGCUGACUCACAUCGAUGAGGUCUGCCACGCCGUCGAUAAGGACGUGAGUCGUGUUUAUCUGAGCCGACACGUCCAAGACAAGGUGACCGCCGCUGGUAAUCUGCUCGGCCUGCCCGCCUCCUGCAUCGUCCCAGUGAAGAACUACUCAUCUGAGCUGGAGUUGGACUGCAGCACCGACAUCCUGAUCCUCAAAGCUCUGGAGCUCAUCCUGCGAUACGCUGAUUUGUUUUACGAGGAUUACGACUUUUUCAAAGCCAUUCAGUAAUUUGAGUUAGCGUCAAGUUACCAUUUUAUUAGAAUCAGCAGUUUUAGGCUUUUUUUUGGUUGAGUUGGACACAUCGUCCAUUUCCAAAAUUUUGUUAACAUUGCAAGUCGUCUUAGCUAGGUGGAAAUGCCCAUUGGGCCACCAUCAUUUACUCUUUUUCUUUCAUUUCACCACCAAAAAAAUGACCAGUGCAAGCAGAACGAAAUUUCUUUGUGUUGAAGGAGAUUCCAAAGCUCAGCAGAAACCCCCGUCGAUUACUAAGUGUCCAGUCUGUGGCCACAGGGCUCAGAAUUUCAUUUCAUUUGCUUUUGUUGUGAUGUCACUUUGUCACUAUGACUUGAUCCGGUGACUUUUCAUCUGGGAUGUUUACAGAGGUGUGGCUACAGUGGUGCAAGCCCCUCCUCUUUCUCCUCAUUGGCCCAAGUGCCCUUUUCUCCUGUGAAGUCCUGACCAAUCACUGCCCAGCACAAGAGCGCGACUCCUUAACUUUGUGAGAAAUGGGGAAAAAAGGAGCGAAAAGCAAUGUGCAGUAAGAGAGUUAGAUGGGUAAGCUGCUGUUUACUGUGCCAAUUAGAAAUAAAGUAUGAGCUCUGAUAAUCAUGGAUAUUAAUUAAUAAAAAAUGUAUAAUAAAUACUUGUGUGCUGG